UCUCGCCCACCAGCAGAGGGCGCUGUAGAAUUUUCUCUCUGCUGCAGUUUGUAAACAAACACCAGAGUUUGUGGCGGAGGAGACCCCAGCUCAAUGACAUGAGGCCCCGCUGCUUCCCUCUGGCUCUGUUCGCCUGCCUUCUGUGCCUGGGACAGAGUUACACCCUCAGGAGCUCCGUGUCGUGGGUGGUGUCCUCCAACGAUGUGGACGUAGACGAUGCGGACCUGUCGGAGGAGGUCGCCCCGGCGUUGCUGGUGGACGGAGCGGGGCUGUGGAAAGCCAACGUCCUCGGGGACAGCAUAGAGGCCCCCCGAGAACAGGCCAAGGCCGAGGGGGACGCCGCUGCUGCGCGGCAGUCCUCUCGUCUGUUUUCAUACAGAAUAGAGAAGGUGAAGAAGGCUGGCAGCAGCGCUCCUCCUCCUCACCAGGAGACAGCCAGAACCGCCAGAUACAUCGCUCAUUACAGCGACUGGGGACACUUAGCCACUAUUUCAACUCUAGACAAGAUCAAGGGCCUACCUUUUGGAAACAUCUUUUCUGUCAGCGAUGGACCUCUGGACAACAGCACUGGAGUCAUCUAUUUUUAUGUGACUCCUAUGGACAACACUGUGGCAGACCUGAAAAGUAACCCGUACGCUUCUCUCACCUUCUCUGAGGCGGAGGGAGAAUUCUGCAGGCAGAUGAUGUAUGAUCCUGAAGAUCCCAGGUGUGCUCGUCUGACACUGACAGGCAAAAUGGUCGAAGUUCUCCCAGAAGAGCUCGCUUUUGCAAAGGAGGCAAUGUUCUCAAGACAUCCCGUGAUGGCCAAGUGGCCUGUGGGACACAAGUGGUUUUUCAUGAAGAUGGAUCUGGUUCAGGUCUGGCUGCAGGACUGGAUCGGUGGAGUGUCUCUCGUUCCAGUGGAGGACUAUUUCAAAGCGACACCCUUCUGAGGUUCACUCUUGCCUUACAUGAUGAUCCAUGGAAACAUGCAGAGCGUUUCUGGUUUUUUGCACCACAAGCAACACUCAACAAGCCGGGAGAAUUCACAAAGCAGGCGAAGCAAAGAAAACCUCUCUGUCAUGUUCAUAUAUGUUCAAAAUGAGGGGGAAAAUGAUGGAGAAAAGUAUCUAAACAUACACUACAUUGAGAGAGGAGGAGAAUCCUUGUUAGGAUGGUGCCUGAUGAUGCAUGAAUGUAUUAAUAUUCAAUAAAGUAUUAAAAAUGAACUAUAACAUGUAAUGUACAUUUUCAAAACAAAUGAAUUUUACAACUAUAUUAAAAUUAAACAAAGAAAGUAAUAAAAACUG